AUGUCUUCAAAAAACAAGAAAAAAUGGAACUGCACCAAACUAUUCAUCACCUCCACUGGAACAGGAUGUGGUUGUGGCAAACCCAAGUUAUCCGAUAUUAUACAACCAGAUCCUAAACCAAAACCCAAAACCACCAUUAAAACAAAUCCACACACCACUAUUUCUCAAUCUUCUUCAAAUUCCAUAGAUUAUGAUAAUAAUAAUGAAGAGGAAGAUCAAAUAACUUCCACUACAUUUUCCAUCAACACUGAUUCAUUAUCUCCACAUGAUUCCAAAAUGGUCAGCCCUUGUCCUAAAAUCGUCGGAAGUGUCGCCGUCGUCAAGAAUUCCGACGACCCUUUUCAGGAUUUCCGGCAAUCUAUGUUGCAAAUGAUUUUGGAGAAGGAAAUAUACAAACAAGAUGAUUUGCAUGAGCUUUUGAACUGUUUUUUGGAGCUGAAUUCUCCUUCUCACCAUGAUAUUAUUAUUCAAGCUUUUAUGGAGAUUUGUAAUAAUGGGAAAUCUUCUCCUCUUCUUCUCCAACCACAGUCGUCACCGCCAUCAAAACCUAGCUAA